AUGAACAGUGUAAUUCAGAGUUCAGUGAUUCUUGCAGGCUCAUGCCAUUUUGGUGGUUUGGGAAGAAGAGGCUUCUCUCAAGUGAGAAUGGUUAAGAAACCUUUCUCACUUGAAGCUCAAACUUUGGUCCUCAACAAAGCAGAGAAAAACAAACACUCAAAGGUAGUUAGCUGCUGCAAGAAUGAUGAUGGUGAUGAAGAAGCUGUUGUGCUUGAGUGGGCAUCCAAACACUGGUCACUUUUAAUCAUUCUGUUGACAGUGGUGAAGAUGGUGAGAGAAGAAGAAGAUGAAGAAGCUGCUGCUGAGCUUGAGUGGCCAUCCAAAAGCUGGUUCCUAUUAAACCUUGUGUUGAUAGCUGCUCAGAUGAUUAGAGAAGAAGAAGAAUUUGAAGCUGAGUUUGAGGCAUUGCUUAGAGAAGAAGAAGCUCAGGGAGGAUCAGAGGAAGAAGAAUUGGCUGAAGCCAUGGAAUCUUUUGACAGAUUCAAAGAUGUCAUGAAGACUAAAAUUCCAAAAAAAAAAGAAGAUAGAAAGGGGUUUUCUCUUUAUGACGACGGAAAGUAUAUGAGAGGCUUGGGAUACCACGCAGCCAAAGUCAUUCCAAACUACACGCCAGAAAGGGGUUUUGGAUCUGAUGACAAAGUUGUCUAUGUUAGUUUCUCUGGCUUUGUUUCCACGGGAAGGGCAUACCUCAUUGAAUUCUUAGACCAUGCUUUGGUACUUAGAUGGGUCAAGGAAAAGGGUGGUGUGAGGAAGGAGCUUGCGAGGACUCAUUACGUUGACUUAGUGGCAGAAGUUGACAACGAGACGGUGACGAUUCUCGGCGGCGGGGAGACGAGCUCCGACAGCGAGUAGAAGGCGGAGUAGUAGUAUUUUAUCGUAUGUUUUAAUUAUCAGCAUUUAAUGAUGUUUUAUCGGAUGUUUUUAUUUAUCAGCAUUUAAUGCUGUAUUAUCGGAUGUUUUAAUUAUCAGCAUUGCUGUUUUAUCGGAUGUUUUAGUUAUUAAUGUUGUUUUAUGUCAGAUUGAUAAGAGUCAGAACCGGAAUCAAAUGUUGUGUCUUAAACAGUAAUAGUCUAAACAGACCUUUAUUUGGCCAAGUUUGUAUCUGUUAUGCUUGUGUCUAGACUCGAUUUUGUUGCUUCGUUAUGAGUGGUGAGGAUGUUAAUCUGAAUUCUAGUUGAAAUCCUCAAUACUAUCCUGUGCGGUCUAUAUCCAGUUUGAUCAUUCCGUUUACCACCUUGCUACGGGUUGACCACAUUGGAGCUUGAUGUUUUUGUUGCAUGCUUUAUCAAUUGUGGAGCUAGAAGGGAUCUUGAAGAAACGUACUAUCCGGAGUUUCGUUAUAAAAACAGACUUUCAGAGUCAUGACCCUGAUGUAUAUUAUGAUGAUUCAUUACUCUGUUUUUUAACACUCGCAAUAUGUGCUAAUACGUAUGUAUGUCUGUAGAAAGACAGAUUCUUGUCUGAACUUUGAGAAAGAGAAAAAAAUGAAACUUUGUUAGGUUCUGUGGAUCAAAUAGUGAGUGACUAUGAUACUUUUGAUGUGUCUGGACUUUCUGCACAAAGCCAAGUCUCUGUGGGGAUGGGUUUGCUCGCUGGCUCAACCGUUAUGCUUCUCAAUGAUGAUAACUAAUAGGUCUUCCAACCGUGGAUCCAAAGGAGACGGCUUGCUUUUGCAAAAUACUAGCAUGUUAUAUCAGGAAUACUUAAGCACUUGAAACAACAUGCUUUGGGAAAGCUAAGGUCAGCCUGAUGAACAUGUCAUUCGAAUGUGGUUUGAGACAAAUGAUGCUAACAAGGACGGGGACUUACUUAUCAGCAGCUGAUCUUAAGGCGCUUUUCAACCUGGAGACUUUACAAGAGAAAGAGGGGACCAUUCAUUCUUUAGAGCUGACAACCAUGUUUACAUUUUGGUUCCAUCAUUUUCUUAUAUUUUGAUAUCUUUAUAAUUGAUGAGUUGAUGCAGAACCAGAAGAAUUGGCUGAAGCUAUGGAAUCUUUUGACAGAUUCAAAGAUGUCAUGAAGACUAAAACAAACAGCAAUAGACUAAACCAAGACCCCAACAACCUCCUUCACCCUUCUCAAAAGCAUAGUAUUUGUUAAAAGAAGGAAGACACAUUAUUGAUACUAGUCACUCAAUAUAUCUUUUUGCUCUUUUUCAUUAAAUUUUCCUUCAUCUUUGGUACAAACCCAUCAUUCUAAAUCCUGAAUUCCACAAAAGCAACACAUGCAAGACUCUGUCCAACGAAAAUGACUCUUCUUCAUGAAUGUGGCUAAAAUAAGUGAUUAAGAAAACACGAGCAGUUACUGUUUCAAAUUCUCAAGUAUUAGCAAUGGCAAUGAACCUAAAACCUAAAUAACAAAUGUAUUAACAUUUCGAUGUAAAACCUUAUUGGGUUUGGCAGAAGAAAAGAAAAAGAAAAAAGAGUAAUAUUUCUUGAGUAAAUCAUUAAACCAACAUGGGAAUAAAGGACAAAAGCUUGAGAUUUUAGCUUCAGGUGGGGGGUUAAAGGGGAGGUUUCCAACACAAACAAAAGAGUAAGGAAUUACAAAUUUAUUUAAGGGGAGGUUUAGAUAAUAUAUUUGUGUUUUUUUUUUUUUUUUCAUAGCUAUAGGAGCAAAUUUCCCUUUAUUUAUUUAAUACAAG